AUGUCCUCUAGUUGUCCUCGUGGUUGGACUCGGUUCUAUCGUCACUGCUUUGUCUAUAUUCCAAGAGCCAUGAGUUGGGCUCACGGUGAGAGAAACUGCUUUUCCAUGGGGGUCCACCUUGCAUCUGUGCACAGCAGCAGCGAGUACCUUCUGAUUCAGAAGCUGACUGGCCCUCAUGGCUUCAAAACUACUUGAAUUGGAGGAACUGAUGCAUCUGGGGAAAAUAUUUGGUUGUGGAAUGAUGGGAGCCAUUUCCGCUAUACACACUGGCGACCGGGAGAGCCCAGUAAUGGCUAUGGCAAGCAGCAUUGUCUGCAGAUAAAUUAUAGUGCUUCCAAGUGUUGGGAUGAUCUGGAGUGUGGCGUACAUCGGCCAUCUGUCUGUGCCAAGAAAAAAUCAAAAAAUCAACACUCCUCGGCUGACACUGAAGCAUGA